AUGGUAAAAGCUCAAUUCUAUGACAAGGUGCUUUCUUUGCACGAGGAUUCCGCAACCCCUGUGUCUAACCCUCUGCUUGCAUUUACUCUCAUCAAACGCCUACAGUCUGACUGGAGGAAUGUAGUACAUAGUCUGGAGGCCAGUGAGAACAUCCGAGCUCUGAAGGAUGGUUAUGAGAAGGUGGAGCAGGACCUGCCAGCCUUUGAGGACGUUGAGGGAGCAGCAAGGGCCCUGAUGCGGCUGCAGGAUGUGUACAUGCUCAACGUGAAGGGCCUGGCCCGGGGCGUCUUCCAGAGAGUCGUUGGCUCCGCCGUCACUGACCUGUACAGCCCCAGACGGCUCUUCUCCCUCACAGCAGAUGACUGCUUCCAAGUUGGCAAGGUGGCCUAUGACAUGGGGGAUUACUACCAUGCCAUUCCAUGGCUGGAGGAGGCUGUCAGUCUCUUCCGAGGAUCUUACGGAGAAUGGAAGACAGAGGAUGAGGCAAGUCUAGAGGAUGCCUUGGAUCACUUGGCCUUUGCCUACUUCCAGGCCGGCAAUGUUUCGUGCGCCCUCAGCCUCUCCCGAGAGUUUCUCCUCUACAGUAUGUAAUGAUAGAAGAUGAAUGAGCCACAGCGCUGAUUUACUGGGAAAUCCCUUCUGCUCCUGGCCCUUAAUCCCUGCAAGGACGAGACAGCCAUGUGUUUUUAUUUCUCUAAUUUUAUAAUCCAAGCCACAUUUCUAAUUUUGGAUCAAAUCUUUCUUAGCUAUUGAUCAGUGCAUCAGGGGGAAGUUUUUUGGUCUGUGGGAAAAUGCUAAGAAGGUAUCAACCUGUCCCUUUGCUCUUCCACUCCCAGCCGGGGAAAAAGGCCCGGACCAGGGGAGGGGUGUGUGUGUGGCAAAUGAGAUCAGUGAGAGCUGUGCGUGCAAGGAGAGUGAUUCUGUGGGAUGACUGAUUUUGGCUGUUUCCACAGAGAUAGCAGCUCUUCCCUUUAAACCAGAGCUCACGUGGCUGACAAGCACCCUGCUCAGUUAGUGCGGGGUUCAGCUUUGACACUCCUCCCGGGGCACGUCACCAGAGUUAAAUGGGAGGGAGAUUUCCUAGCCUAGCUCUCUGCUUGGAUAUUUUUAGUGAAAAUUUUGGUGGAAGCUGGCUUCCCAGGUUUUCCUUUAAUAAGAUACUGAGAUACUAAGGUAAGUAAAUAAUCACUAUGAUAUUUUAAUAUAAAGUAUUUCACAGAGGACUUCACAGUUGUAUCGCUUUUUACUGAAUCCAUUUAGUAACAUUAUUCCAGUCUGAUAAUUGGGCAAGCAGUAGGAUGUGGAAGUAGCCAAAUGAUCUGGAAACAUGUGGGCAAUUACUACAGGCAAAAUGAUAACCCAACCCUUCUCUCUUUCUUUAUGUUUGCUCUGUUAAAAUCUCUACCUGUCCCAGAGAACCCAAACCAUGCGCAGUUAUAGGUGGAGUAGGACACAGCAAAUUGGGAUUACCAGUUCCAUUUCUGGCUCUGCAGUAUUUUCACUGGGGUUUUGGGCUCACUGCUUCUAUUCUCCCAAACUUCAUUUUGCCUCUUGUUACAAAAAGGAUGGUAACUUCUGUCCCCUCUUUUGCCAGGGUGGUGGUGGUGGUGGUCGUGGUAGUUAAGAGGCACACUGAGCUCCUCAGAGAAAGAUGCUUUGGGAGCAUUAGAACAAUCCAGCAUGUCCUUCUGAGAGGCACUGAAACUCAGGACAGAGGCUAGCAGGCCAUGGGGAGCUGCUAGCCCAGGGGCAUCUUACAGCCACAGGGGGCGCCAACAGGUGGGCACAGAUAAGACACAAGACAACCCGGGCUAGAACCAAAGUCUAGAACCCCUCCAUCUCAUACUGCACUGUUCUGUAUGUAGGCCAGUUAGGAAUUUUGAAGGAUCUUGUAGAUUGGGGAAUGGAUUAGCUUUCACUGCUCCAGUGAAGAAUAGGUUGGGUCUCUCUGCUAUAGGCUUUGGCUCUCUGGACUUCUCUUUCAUAGCAUUUAUGGGUUUCAUUGUGAGUAGUUAUUUAAUGUAGCUUUUCUCCAUUAGGCUCUAAACUCUGGAAGGUUAGCCUCUAGCACAGUAUCCAGUACAUGGUAGAUGUUCCCUGAAGAUGUAUUGAAUGGGUAAAUGAAGGCAGGAAGGAAGGAAGGAAGGAAA